UGGAUUCAAUAAAUCCUAAUCAAGUACCUAUCUAGAUUAGAACGAAAUAAAAUCACAACUCAAAACACGGUUGAUAUACGCGUGCUAACCGAUCACGAAUCAACCAUAGGGACAAGCUAUUUACAUUUCACGCCAUUUAAUAAAAUCAAUUCAAUAUCCCUCUUCACCACCAGAGUCUCCAACUCUCACCCAUCGACCACGCUCAACCACCACCACGAAUCACGCAAUCCCUCCUUCGUGGCACCAACGCACCAUCAAUGAAGUGGUAUGGGUACCUAGCAAGCCGUUGCUGGUGUUAGUCCGAUGGGAGGAGCUUAGCCCAGCCUUGCAACUUACCGCAGUGUUGGUAGAGAAUCGAACCGGUUCGACCAGUCAGUAGAUGCCUGCAGUCGCCGGGGGAAAGAAAAUGAAGAAAACUGCAACGUAGGUCGUCUUAACGGCUUCGGUAUUGGAUUACAAGGCGUUUUUUGUCGCCCUCCUGCCCUGAGAAAUGCAUUCACGAAAUCAAGGGAAAACCGACGCGGUGGAUGAAUGGAUGUGGAUGAAGGAGAGACUUCGAUGGAAACAGGUUUUUGGCCGCGAAGACUAUUCGUGCCUGUGUGCGUGAGAGAGAGUAUGUGUGCGAGUGUGGCGGAGAUGGCGAAGAACGAACGGACGGACAACGGCGAGCGAAAGAAGACGAGCAGCCGAAGAAGUUAGCACUCGAAUGUUUGUUUUAGACGAAACCAGUUGUCGAGCGAACUUGGAAGUGGGUGGACGUGUGAACCGUAGACGCGUUGGUCGGUGAAAUUGAUUUUUUUUUGUGUUCUGGGGUUACAAGCGUUGAAGCGCUGAUUGAGAGAAUAAUUGAGGCAGUUGAAACUUUUGACGUGACGUGAGAAGGUGGCGAAGUUCUGCGGAGGUGAAGAAAGUGCACUAUGACUAGACGAGUUUGGAGAGAGGGUGCAUGAAGGUUUAUAGCUGAUGAAGAAGCGUUCCUGUGAAGAGUUGUGCGAAAACAUUGCGUGACUUGUGAAGUGAAACCCCAAAAGUGAGAAAGCGGAGUGUGUUGGCUUCGCAAAAGGAUUACACCGUAGGACUUGAGUUAAAUAGCGAAUUUGAACAAGUGAUUAUUGUGCUCGCAAGCAAAAGGGGGAAAAGUUUGAGCCGUCGUCGUCGCAGCCAUGACUGAACUAAUGGAUUUAAGAAUGCACCACCACUUGGCGCUCCAGACGGAGAUCUACCGGCAGCGGAUGCUACAGGGAUUACCAGAUCCCUAUCCGACGAUGCUACCAGUUCCUGCACCGAGGCCUCUGAUGUUGCCUCCGCGAUUCCCGCUGCCUUCGGAAGUCGACAUCAAGUUGCAGAACAAAGAACUCUGGAGCCAGUUCCAUCGUAUCGGAACCGAGAUGAUCAUCACCAAGAGCGGAAGGCGAAUGUUCCCCUCGAUGCGCCUGUCCAUCAACGGCCUCGAAGCGGACGAGAACUACUGCGUGCUGAUCGAAAUGAUCCCGAUCAGUGACUGCCGCUUCAAGUUCAGCGGUUCCCAGUGGGUCCCGGCCGGUGGUGCCGAACCACAGAGCCCCCAGCGGAUGUACCUGCAUCCGGACAGUCCGGCGCUGGGGUCGCACUGGACGUCACAACCGGUGGUCUUCAACAAGGUCAAGCUGACGAACAACACCCUGGACAGUAACGGACAUAUUGUCCUCACCAGUAUGCACAAGUACCAGCCCCGCAUUCACAUCAUCAAAACGUCGGAUCCUUCGCAGAUCCCGUGGUCACCGCAGUCGGCCUUUACCUUCCCGGAGACCGAAUUCGUCGCCGUUACCGCUUAUCAGAACGAUCGUAUCACCAAGCUGAAGAUCGACCACAACCCCUUCGCAAAGGGAUUCCGAGAAACCGGUCAGUCCCGCUGCAAGCGGAAAGCGGGCCUCAUGAGCAACUCCCGCUCGAUCGACGACUCCGAAGAAUCCGGAGGCGAAUGCGGACCCGAACCCAAGCGCCAGCGAACCCACAGCGGCUCCCUGGACGACAGUGACAUCUCCGUCAGCGACAGUUCCAGCAGUGGCACCAGCUCCCCGGUCAACGUGGACGACCUGCACCACCAUCGAAGUCCGUGCCCGUCAACGCACGAAGACUUCCUCCGGGUGACCCACCCUUACCAACAGAUGCUGAACCCUGCCAUGGCCGCUGCCGCCGGAUGGAUGGACCUCAUGCUACCGUACUUCCAGCAACCUCACCACCCCAUCUCCCCCGCCACCCAUCCUCUGCACCAUUUCAAACGCGACUUCCCCGUGCUACCCGUCUCCCCCAAAGCCCUCGAACGGUCCGUCGAAUCCUCCGCGUCGAAGAAGCUCGGCUUCAGCAUAUCUGCUAUUCUCGGCUACGAUCGGUAAACUCAUGGCACCCUCGCGCUCGUAAAAGGUGUUAAUCACGGCCGCGAGGGGACUGCGACCAAUGCAACUCAAGAGACUGUAUCGCGUAUGUUGUACAGAGACCGUACCGUCGUCGUCGUCGUCACAGGAAAGAGCAAAUCACAAAACGAAAAAGAAAAUAAAAACGGGUGUAAAUUAGUUCCUCACACAUUCACACCUGGAUGCGAUCUGGUGGCGUGCUGGUCUGGCCUGGUCGCCAUCUCCGCGCCCGGUGCAGUUCGUCGGAAUGGAGGCAUUUAAAUCCCUCCGGGACUACGGGUCCCAUCGUCGCCGUCCGAUGAUGGUGGGUGAUGGCUAUGCAAACAGCGUGCACCGGCGUCGGCAGCGACGAAGGGGACAAGAAUAAUCCCGUUUGUGCGAGUGAGUGGCCACCAGUUGCCACACCACAGUCAAGAAUCGGUGCCAUUGUAGCAGCGGCGCAGCCAGCAUCUCGAGUAGGUGAUGAAUGUGUACCUUUCUGUUUCCAUCUCUCUCUUUCUUCAGUUGGGCAUUCAGCUCUGCUGUUGAGCUCGUUUUCUCUUGUUUAUGUAGCGUGUGCAAUUAUGAGCGAGGACGAACACAGAACAGCUUGGAAAAGAUGCUUGAAGAUUAGAAGAUUUCCCAAAAAGUGUGCAAGAUGAAUAGCUUGUAAGAACUGCUGGCAAAAACCAUAAUUGUUAUUUAUUUGUAGAAAUGAGAGGGAAAACCGAAAGUCAAGUGAGUACUGCUUAUCUUAUAGGUAGAUGCAUUUGUAGAUAGUCUAUAGUUGGGUAAGAAUGGAAUGCGUUUUUUAUGUGUGUUUGUGUAAAAUUUGAGACUUCGCAGAUAAUCGCAUUAAGCUUUAUUUUUUAAAAAGAAAUCACCUCAAAGAAAACAGUACGAUUGUAAGAAUUAUUGUUCGUUAUUGUAACAACCGAAGACAAAGAGACUGUAAAUUAAAAUAAACAAAUAUGAAUUCGA